GAACUGAGCCGGACAGACCCGACCGUUUUAACCUAAAUUCCCACAUAAACCUGAAAAUUUCCAAUAUCACAUGUGGAGGGCCGGCAAGUGUUUUAAUUUUUAAAGUUUUUUUUUUGUGCUCGAAAUAACAUAAUAAUGACCAAAGUUCCUUACAAAGUGGCUGACCUUAAAUUGGCCGAAUGGGGUCGAAAAGACAUAAGCCUCUCAGAAAACGAGAUGCCUGGCUUAAUGGCACUCCGUAAGAAGUUUGGACCCCAAAAAAUCUUAAAAGGGGCCAAGAUUGCCGGUUGCCUCCACAUGACCAUCCAGACAGCAGUUUUGAUUGAGACUCUUAUCGAACUAGGGGCUGAGGUUCAAUGGUCAAGCUCAAACAUUUUCAGCACCCAAGACCACGCAGCCGCCGCCCUCGCGGCCAAAGGCAUCGCAGUCUAUGCCUGGAAGGGGGAAACUGAUGAAGAGUUCAUUUGGUGCAUUGAACAAACCUUAGUUUUUCCUGAUGGUAAACCCUUUAACCUAAUCCUCGACGAUGGUGGUGACUUAACCAACCUUGUUCACGAAAAAUAUCCCCAAUAUCUUAAAGAUUGCAAAGGUCUAAGUGAAGAAACUACCACAGGAGUUCAUAACUUGUACAAAAUGGUUAAAGAAGGCAAACUGAAAGUGCCUGCUAUCAAUGUCAAUGAUUCUGUCACAAAGAGUAAAUUUGAUAACUUGUACGGCUGCAGGGAAUCACUUAUUGAUGGCAUUAAAAGGGCAACAGAUGUCAUGAUUGCUGGCAAAGUGUGUGUAGUGGCUGGCUAUGGUGAUGUAGGAAAAGGAAGUGCCCAAUCUCUAAGAGCUUUUGGGGCAAGAGUACUUAUUACAGAAAUUGAUCCAAUUAAUGCUCUGCAGGCUGCCAUGGAAGGUUACGAAGUGACCACAAUGGAACAGGCAAGCAAAGAAGGACAAAUUUUCGUAACAACCACUGGCAACAAAGACAUCAUCACCGGUGAACAUCUCUUAAACAUGCGUAACGACUCGAUCGUAUGCAACAUCGGCCAUUUCGACUGUGAAGUAGACGUGGCAUGGUUGGAAAAGAACAGCAAGAAAAAGGUAAACAUCAAACCGCAAGUGGACAGAUACGAACUGGCCAAUGGACACAACAUAAUCGUUCUGGCCGAGGGACGAUUGGUUAACUUGGGCUGCGCUACCGGACACGCCUCAUUUGUCAUGUCCAACAGUUUCACAAAUCAGUGUCUGGCCCAGAUCGAACUGUGGACGAAACCGAAAGAGUUUUCCGUGGGGGUUCAUACAUUGCCCAAGAUUUUGGACGAGGAGGUUGCGAGGUUGCAUCUGGACCAUUUGGGUGUUAAACUUACAAAACUCAGCCCGGAACAAGCUAAAUAUAUUGGGGUACCUCAAAAUGGUCCAUUCAAACCUGACCAUUAUAGAUAUUAAGGUUUAAGCUGUCUUUAUAUCGUAAAUUAGAAAUAAAAUGCUUUUUCUAUGAA